GGGGCCUGCCCUCACGUGACGUUGCGUGGCGGCGCAACCGCCAUCUUGUGUUGUUGGGGCCGAGCAGUCGCUGUGGCUGUGAGGGACUCUCCGUCCGAGAGCGCAGGUCUAUUAAGGAUCACAGUUCUGAUACAGCCAAGCUCCCUCCCUCCCAUCUGUCUUUAUGGUUCUUGAAGUCUAAUCAACCAGUUUCUGUAGGUUCAAGCUUUUUUAAAAAAGAAUAGAACAAGAAAGAAUGGCAGCAGAAACCCAGACACUGAACUUUGGGCCUGAAUGGCUGCGAGCUUUGUCUAGUGGCGGGAGUGUGACAUCCCCUCCUCUGUCUCCAGCUUUGCCAAAGUACAAACUAGCAGACUAUCGCUAUGGAAGAGAAGAAAUGUUGGCACUUUUUGUAAAGGAUAAUAAGAUACCUUCAGACCUUCUGGAUAAGGAGUUUCUGCCUAUUUUACAAGAGGAGCCCCUGCCACCACUGGCACUUGUACCUUUUACAGAAGAAGAACAGAGAAAUUUCUCGAUGUCUGUAAACAGUGCCGCUGUCCUGCGGUUGACGGGACGUGGAGGAGGAACGGUGGUAGGGGCUCCUCGAGGUCGAAGUUCCUCCAGAGGUCGAGGCAGAGGCCGAGGAGAAAGCGGUUUCUACCAAAGAAGUUUUGAUGAAGUGGAGGGUGGAUUUGGGCGAGGAGGGGGCAGGGAAAUGCACAGAUCACAGAGCUGGGAGGAAAGGGGAGACAGACGCUUUGAAAAACCAGGGCGAAAAGAUCCAGUGAGACCAAACUUUGAGGAAGGUGGGACAGCAGCAACAGGGAGGAAGCAUGAGUUUAUACGCUCUGAGAGCGAGAACUGGCGCAUCUUCAGGGAGGAGCAGAAUGGGGAAGAUGAUGAUGGAGGCUGGCGACUGGCUGGGUCACGCAGGGAUGGUGAGAGGUGGCGUCCUCACAGCCCAGAUGGCCCUCGUUCUACAGGCUGGCGAGAGCACAUGGAGCGACGACGGAGAUUUGAAUUUGAUUUCCGGGAACGAGAUGAUGAACGGGGCUACCGGCGAGUGCGGUGCGGGAGCGGCAGCAUGGAUGAUGACAGGGACAGCCUCCCUGAGUGGUGCUUAGAAGAUGCAGAAGAAGAAAUGGGAACAUUUGAUUCUUCUGGAGCAUUUCUCUCUUUGAAGAAGGUGCAGAAGGAACCGAUUCCUGAGGAACAGGAGAUGGACUUCCGACCUGUGGAUGAAGGGGAGGAAAGAUCUGACUCUGAAGGGAGCCACAAUGAAGAUGCCAAAGAUCAUGAAAAGACUACCAAGAAGGAGGGGGAGAAAACAGAUAGAAUAGUGUCAGAACCAUGCAAUGUUACAGAAGCAGCAGAAGAAGCAGUCCAAGCAUCUUCACCGGCUACCAGGUCAGAGAGCCCACCAAAAUCCCAGCCUCAAGACUCGCUGCAGACAAGCCUUUUUGAAAGGAAAGAGGAGUCUGUCCCAGAAAGAACAGAAAAAACAGAAGAUAAGGAGAGUAGAACAGAGAACACACCGCCAGCCAAAUUGUCCAACAGAGGGGAAGAUUUGGCUUCUGCUGCUCAACCUUUGCCACAGAUAUCUGCAGAUGCAGCUUCUCCUGCUCAUCUUUCUCCUCCUGUUUCCAAUUCAAAUCCUGCCCUGCGACCAGUUCAGACACCUGUGACAGCUGCUCCAGGCAUGAGCAACGUUCCCACUGACCCAGAUGAUGAAGAGGGCCUCAAACAUCUAGAGCAGCAAGCAGAGAAAAUGGUGGCCUAUCUGCAGGACAGUGCUGUUGAUGAUGAAAGACUAGCAGCGAAAAUUCAAGAGCACAGAGCAAAAGGUUCUUCUAUGCCGUUGUUCCAUGAAGCCAUGCAGAAGUGGUACUACAAAGAUCCCCAAGGAGAAAUUCAGGGUCCUUUCAGUAAUCAGGAGAUGGCAGAGUGGUUCCAGGCUGGAUAUUUCACUAUGUCACUGUUGGUUAAGAGAGCUUGUGAUGAGACUUUCCAGCCGCUUGGAGACAUCAUGAAAAUGUGGGGCAGGGUUCCCUUCACUUCAGGUCCAGCGCCACUUCCACAUCUGGGUGAGCUGGACCAAGAGCGUCUGACUAGACAGCAAGAGUUGGCCCUGAUCCAAAUGCAGCACCUCCAAUAUCAGCACCUUCUGAUACAACAACAAUAUGCACAGGUUCUGGCUCAGCAGCAGAAGGCAGCCCUCUCAUCCCAGCAGCAGCAGCAGCUUGCUAUUCUCUUGCAGCAGUUCCAGGCUCUGAAAAUAAGAAUAUCAGAGCAGAACAUGAUGCCACCUGUUACAAGGUCUGUGUCAGUGCCGGACACUGGCUCAAUAUGGGAACUUCAGUCAGCUUCACAACCUACAGUCUGGGAAGGAAGCAGUGUCUGGGAUCUCCCCAUCGAUACUGCAGCUCAGGGACCAGCUCUAGAACAACUUCAGCAGCUUGAGAAGGCCAAAGCUGCAAAGCUAGAGCAAGAGAGGAGAGAAGUGGAAAUGAGGGCCAAACGAGAGGAAGAAGAGAGGAAAAGGCAGGAGGAGCUUCGGAGGCAACAAGAAGAGCUACUUAGGAGGCAGCAGGAAGAUGAGAGGAAACGACGGGAAGAAGAAGAACUGGCCCGCAGGAAGCAAGAGAUGGCAGUGAGAGCUGAGAGGGGUGAAGCAGUAGACUUAAUCUGCCUGGACAUCAGGAAGGCUUUUGAUGUAAUACUGCAUAAAAGACUAGUAUAUAAGGAGGAAGCCUUGAGGCGACAACGAGAGCAGGAAAUUGCACUAAGACGACAGCGGGAGGAAGAGGAAAGGCAACAACAGGAGGAAGCACUUAGGAGGUUGGAAGAGAGGAGAAGAGAAGAGGAAGAAAGACGGCAGCGAGAAGAAUUAAUUCGUAAACAGGAAGAGGAGGCUGCCAAGUGGGCACGUGAGGAAGAGGAAGCUCAGCGGCGACUUGAGGAAAGUCGGCUACGGAUGGAAGAAGAGGCAGCCAGACAACGGCUGGAAGAAGAGGAGCGAAAGCGCAAGGAGCUGGAACUCCAGCGCCAAAAAGAGAUAAUGAGACAGAGGCAGCAACAGCAGGAAGCUUUACGACGACUGCAGCAGCAGCAGCAGCAACAGCAACUUGCCCAAAUGAAGCUCCCUUCAUCUUCAACAUGGGGUCAGCAAUCAAAUUCAGGAGCUUGUCAAUCCCAAACCACACUGUCACUGGCAGAAAUCCAAAAGCUAGAAGAAGAACGAGAACGGCAGCUUCGAGAAGAGCAAAGGCGUCAGCAGCGUGAGCUAAUGAAGGCUCUCCAGCAACAGCAGCAGCAACAGCAGCAAAAAUUAUCAGGCUGGGGUAAUGUCACCAAACCAACAGGCACUACCAAGUCCCUUCUGGAGAUACAGCAGGAAGAGGCAAGGCAAAUGCAGAAACAGCAGCAACAGCAGCACCAGCAGCCAAACAGAGUCAGAAAUGCUACGCACUCUAACCUGCACACCAGCAUUGGGAAUUCAGUGUGGGGCUCCCUAAACACUAAUCCCAGCAACCAGUGGGCAUCUGACCUAGUCAGUAGCAUCUGGAGUAAUGCUGAUACCAAAAACUCAAACAUGGGUUUCUGGGAUGAUGCAGUGAAGGAAGUGGGACCUCGUAACUCGACCAAUAAAAACAAAAGCAAUGCCAGCCUCAGUAAAUCUGUAGGUAUUACAAGUAGACAGAACAAGAAGGUAGAAGAAGAGGAGAAGCUAUUGAAAUUGUUCCAGGGUGUUAAUAAAGCCCAAGAUGGAUUCACGCAGUGGUGUGAACAGAUGCUGCAUGCACUCAACACAGCCAACAACUUAGAUGUUCCCACGUUUGUUUCUUUCCUGAAGGAAGUAGAGUCUCCCUAUGAGGUCCAUGAUUACAUCAGAGCAUAUCUUGGAGAUACUCCUGAGGCCAAGGAGUUUGCCAAGCAGUUUCUUGAGCGCCGUGCCAAACAAAAAGCCAGUCAGCAGCGGCAGCAGCAGCAGCAACAGGAUUCGGUAUGGGGGAUGAACCACAGUUCACUACAUUCAGUCUUUCAGACCAAUCAAAGUAACAACCAGCAAUCGAAUUUUGAAGCUGUACAGAGUGGGAAGAAAAAGAAGAAACAGAAAAUGGUUCGAGCAGAUCCCAGCUUGUUAGGAUUUUCAGUGAAUGCCUCAUCAGAGCGGCUCAACAUGGGAGAAAUAGAGACUUUGGAAGACUACUGAGCAUGUGCAAAUCAACUGGCUUUUGCUGCAUCUGUUAACCCUGGAUUCUCCAUUUUGGACACAGUACUCUCCACCAUGCGUUCUUUGCCUCGCAGUGAAUCACAGAAUUGGUCAUCUCAGGCUGCUGCUUCUGGCUCCAACCAGCCCUUUCUGCCCAGGACUGCACGGGUGCUCCUGCUGUCUUGAGAAUCUGCUCGGGAGUCAAGUGAACUUUGUUCGGAGUCCUGGGAGGGUGGGAGAUCAGAUUUGUUCACAACAAAGCUCAUUUGGGCAGCAAGCUUUCA